CCCAAAGUUUCAGUCCAAAAUUUUGCCCUUUAGCCUCUCUCAUCGAGCUCUCUAUAGAAUAGAAAAAAAUAAAACAAAAAGAAAAGAAGAAAAUGAGCAGAAAUUCCUAAAAUCUCAGAGCAAAUCAAUAUCACCACCAUCGAUCCAAAUCUUGAAGAACCCACUCGCUUAACUGUUGAAUAAUCUUGAGGUUCUGAAGACAUGCCGGAAGGAAGGGACAGACUAUCAAGGGCGGUGGAUUUGGCGGAAGUUUACGCUCGUAGACGACGGUCAAUCUUAUCAGGCAUAAAUGGGCGGCGUGAUACCCUCACCGGUUUAGCUGACGACCCGGAAGAAGUGGGUCCAACCACGCCAUUUCGCUGGGGAGCAACGCCGUUGACGGGUGGCCGGGGUGGGAUUGGAUCGGUUGAUGGCGGUGGAAGUGGUGGGUUUGAGUUUAGUAGUCCGGGAACACCAGGAAUCCGGCCGCGCAGCAGGUUGCAGAGAUCCCCUGGGACAAUUACUGGCCGGCAGAAUAUAUCUCCGGCGACCAGAAGUAGCCGAGGCCGAGUAAGAGGUCGAGGCAGGGGUCGUGGUGGCGGUGUUUUGCCUGACUGGUAUCCCCGGGUGCCCCUUCAAGACAUCACUGAAAUCGUUAGGGCCAUUGAAAGAAGAAGAGCUCGAAUGAGGGAAGGUGAGGGCCCUCAAAUUGAGACUCCUGUACCUCAGCAACAGGCUGUUCAAGAUGUUACAGUGUCAACAUCAGGUGCUCAGUUCGAGCAUGGUACUUCCACUUUUACUCCAUAUAAUAAAGGGAGUAGCAAGAGCCUUUCCAUAUCAGUGCCAAAGAUAUUGCUUGAUAUCACUAACCAGAAUGAUGGAGAGUCAUCUGGUCUCACACCACAGAAGAAACUACUGAACUCCAUCGAUACAGUUGAAAAAGUGGUGUCAGAGGAAUUGAGAAAAAUGAAGAGGACUCCUGCUGCGAAGAAGGCAGAGAGGGAGAAAAAAGUGAAGACCUUGAUGUCAAUGCGCUGAUACAAAGACCUGUUGUGGAGUACUCAAUCAAGGUUGAGGCAACUAGUUUGGAUAUUGAACUCAAUCAAGGUUGAGAGAUAGAAGAUACAAGAGUGGAUUUUUACCUCAAUCAAGGUUGAGAAUGAAAACUGAAGAAGUUCUAACUCAAUCAUUGUUGAGGAUGUGAAUUGGAGUAUUAUAUAGCAAGGGCAGAAUAAUACCACUGACCUGUUUUGCAUGACUGAAAAUUAAGUUCACUUGAAUUAGCUUAGUGAACUGUUUCUUGUUUGCUGUAUUCUUUAUUUGGUCCUUCUUUCUCACCAUCUUCUAUGAUAUGGCUGUUAGGGUAGUUAGAACUAGGUUCAGGCUUUGUUUUCUGUAAAUCUCAUGGUGUUAGAUCUGACCACUUAUGGUCCUGUUUCAUAGUAUGUUGCAGCAGUAAUGGUCAGUAAGGAAACUAUUGUGCUGAUGUUCAUAGUAGGAAGCUGGUGACAACUGAUUGAAGUGCUUAGCUUUUUAAUAACUUCCAGUACACUUAGAUAAAAGAAUGAGUAUAAUAAAAAUUUCAUUUUCAGUAUGUA